GGGCGAUACCGGCACACGCAUAAAACACAGUGACAAUACUGCCAAUGAUAACGUGUUGACACUGCUGUGUAAUUUAUAGUUUUACAGCCAUGACCUUGUGAUAUUGGCUUAAAAAGAGGAACAGCACUCAAGCUACUUUACAAGUUAUACCCAGAGUCCCAGACAGACCUAGACAGUCUGAAGAUAUUCUUCUAAAGCAACCUUGUAUUCAUUGACCUGGGCAGCUGGAUCCAGAUCUCAGCGCAAACAUUCAACAAUGCUUAAGAGAGAAGUCCAGCCAUACUGGAACUUGUCAGUCAAAGUUUUGCAUGCGAAGAUCCAUCAGUCCUAUGACUACUUGACUGCGUCUGACUGCUAUGUCAUCCUGAACUUACCCACAGCAUCGGUCCGUACAAAUCGCACCAAGACUAUAUCAAAUAGCAAGAAACCUGAAUGGAAUGAAACUUUCACUUUCAGAGUGCACAGCAACAUCAAGAACAUUCUAGAGAUCUUGAUCUAUGAUGAGGAUCCAUUAAUGAGAGACGACCAUUGUGCCACUAUCCUAUUUGACAUCAAUAACCUCACACCUGGGAAAAAGGAGACCAAAUGCUUUAUAAUAAAUGACAAGACCAAGGAUGAACUGUGGGUGGAGUUUGAGAUCACUAAGAGCUCUGAGACACCAACGGCAUGCAUCUCUAAUGGAGUUUUGGUGGCAGGUCCUUUUUGUGAGCUGAAUGUGGAGAUAGACAAGCUUCUAAAGAAGACUGAAGCAACGCAGAACAUGGUGUUAAAACUGAAAGGGGCAUACAAAGAGGAGUUUGUGAUCUCAAAUUCUGAGGAAAGCUCCAGCACCCUGAAAAGGUUACGUUACUACAUCAACCGAGACCUGGAAACUGAACUUAAUCUGACCUCAGAGACUAUUGUCAGCCCAGCAAAUAUUGGGACAGUAGUGGAUGCUGCUGUUCCAGACCCUGUGGACACUGGAUUGACUUCUAUCCCUUUAAAACCAUUACCAGCCAAACAACAGAUUACGGUCUCUUUGCCUCUGGGAGAGAAUAAAGUUGAUCUGCAACUGAAUACGGAUGAUCGCUCUGAUGAAGAGCUGGAUGUGCGUCUGGAUUUUGAUAUCCCAGUGGAAGAAAAUAAUUUUCUGGUGAAGAGAAAAAAAGUCGUGUCACAGGCUCUACAGAAAGCCCUGAAGCUCAGCUCUGCACCUAAGCCCAGCAAGGUCCCAGUGGUGGCUGUGGUGUGUUCUGGUGGUGGGAGCAGAGCAUUAACAAGCACAUACGGUAGCCUUCAGGGUCUGCAGAAGAUCCAGCUUCUUGAUGCAGUCAGCUACAUCACAGGGGUUUCAGGUGCUACUUGGGCCCUAGGCUCUCUUUAUGGAGACCCUAACUGGUCAAACGGUGGCAUUGACAAGUCUAUGGAGUCUAUAAAGAAGGAGCUCUCUAAAAAGGCACUCAGUAUGUUUUCCUUAGAGCAGCUAAAGGAGUACAAACAGAGGAUGGAAGAGCGAGAGAAGGAAGGACACCUUGUGUCUCUCAUCGACAUGUGGGGUCUUGCGUUAGAGUAUCUUUUCCAAGGGAAGAAACCCAUGGGUACACUAUCUGGAAUGCAGAGGACAGUGUCUGAAGGCCAGAACCCUCUCCCCAUAUUCACAGCUGUUAACCUAAAGCAUGGCAAAACAGAAAGUGUAAUAGAUGCAGAAUGGUGUGAAUUCACUCCAUAUGAGGUUGGAUUUCCCAAAUAUGGUGCCUUUGUACCUGCACAGAACUUCGGGAGUGAAUAUUACCUCGGUCACAUGGUCAAGAAACUCCCUGAAACUGGAUUGUCCUUUCUUGUAGGAAUGUGGAGCAGCAUUUUCUCUAUAAAUCUGACAGAUAUCUGGAGUCUUGCCACAGGAGUCAAACCUUCCUGGACGCCUUGGGCUGGAGGAGGAGUGAGUAACACAGAGACUGAUAGUAAACCAACAGCACUUGGCACAUACCUGAUCAGCCCUGUGACUGACUUUGCUAAAAUGAUGUGUGGCUUUAUGACCAGCCGCCCCAUUGUCAGCCAGAUGUACAACUUCCUGAGGGGCUUCAACCUGCACAACAGCUACAAUAAGAACACGGGCUUCAUCGCAUGGAAAGACACACACCCAGAUGCCUUUCCUAACACCAUGACUCCAGCUGAUCCUGUGCUGAACUUAGUAGAUGCUGGAUUUGCCGUAAAUGCAGGAUUUCCUCCUUUGGUUCGCUCUCACAGACAUGUGGACGUUAUUCUGUCUCUAAACUACUCUUGGGAACCAGAUCAGUUUAAGGUCAUAAAGCAAUCUCAGGAAUACUGUGCUGAUCGGAAUAUUCCAUUUCCAAAGAUCGAUUUCAAAAAGGUGGAGUCAGAGCCGCUGAAGGAAGUUUACGUGUUUGAGGAUAAAGACAAUCCGGAAGCUCCCAUAGUGCUUCACUUUCCCUUGGUCAAUGUCUCAUUCAAGCAGUUCAAAGCUCCUGGAGUGAAGAGGGAGGGUGAGAAGGAGCGGAAGGAGGGAGCGAUUGAUGUUGAAUUUAACAGUAGCACCUCCCCAUAUCUCACCCACAAAUUGACUUACACACCAGAGGACUUCCAGAGGCUCAUCAACCUCACUUCCUACAACAUCCAAAACAACAAAGAUGUCAUUUUGAAUGCGCUAAACAAAGCAUUAAACCGAAACAGAGAAAGGCAAACAGGUGAUGAUAGCCAAAGCAAAAAGGAGAAGGCAGCUGUAGGAAAGACCAGUUCAGCGUCUACACCAAAACCAGGAUCACAAAAAACAUGGAAGACUGAAGAACAGUGAUCUGCAGCACCGUUACUGUGAAGAAAACCUGCAUCCUUAAAAUUAAGUUGUCAAGAAUAUUAUUAAAUGA